AUGUUCUCCUUAUUUAAAAGGUUUAGUGUUGUAUCCAGUACUGCAUUGUCAUUUGCAUUUUUUGCGGGAGCAUUCGUUGUACUUUCUUUCUGGUUUGAAUUAUAUCGUAGCAACGUGUUCUCGAUCGAUUCAUCUAUAGACAAUAUAAAACCUUCAAUAAAUGUGAGGACUAGUAGGUAUUUUGGAUCAAUUAGUGGAAAGCCAAAGGAGAAUGUCAAGUUAACUUUUGAUCUAGACGCAGAUCUUACAAAUUUAUUCAAUUGGAACACGAAGCAAGUAUUUGUGUAUCUAACUGCAGAAUACUCUGGCGCUAAGAAACCUGAUACUUCGAGUGAAGUAACAUUUUGGGAUCAAAUAGUAAAGGAUAAGGACCACGCCAAUUUGAGCCUCAGAAAUGUGAAGUCUAAGUACUCUGUUUGGGACAUUGAAGAUAAAAUCUCUGAGAGGGACCUUACUUUUAAAUUGCACUGGAAUAUCCAGCCCUGGGUCGGAAAUUUAGUUUAUGGAAGCACUUUGAGCGCACAUAAUAUUUCAAUUGAGCCCAGAGAUACAAAUUCUAGAUCUUCGUCUAAUGACGGUAGGUCUGCCAAAAAAAUAAGAAACAAAAUUGCAAAACAAAACUGA